AUGCUUAUCAGCUUCUCGGUUUAUCCACUCCAGAACGGAAAAGUUUUAUCUAUUCUUAUCUUUUCUCCUCUUUUGCUGUAUUCCAUUCUUAUUCUAAUUGUGGCAUUGGGCUUUUUACUUGCUUAUACUACGAAUGCACAACGUUGUACAAUAUCGUUUCAGCAACGUGUUUCAAAUCAGAAACACGAACGUAACCAGCGGAACAAAUUUAGUUCAAGACUAAAACGUCUGUUCAGCGGAUCAUCUAAAAGCGAACAACUAUCAGCGCCUGCUGAAGGUGGUGAAGUUGUGGAGUACACACUGGCUUUCGGUGGCAACGGCCAAAACAAUGUCGAGACAAUACUAACCACCAAUGAAAGUUACUAUCGAAUAAAACAGUAUAUGAUAAUGUCAAAAUCAAAGAAUGCAGAAUUAAAGUUCUCUAUUCAAAACCUAAUCGAUACAAAAACAACAACAACGCCUUCAUCAUCAUUUUCAUGUGAAAAGGCGUCCGCUGACCUUGUACGCCCAUCAACGAAUCGUUCGUUGAAACGAGUAGUAAUCAAUGCUGAAACAUCAUCAAUUUCUCGUCCGAUUCCAAUUUUCAAGCCGAAACUUCCUCACCCUUGUUGGUCAUAUCUAUCUCAACUACAAACCAAAUCUUCCAAUGGAAAUCUUCCAUUCAAUUCUUCAUUGAUCUUUCUGAGUAAAAUGAACCAAGUGUGGGAGCAUAUCCAGCGCACCCAAAUCUCGCCAUCCAUAGCAACGACGACGACAACAACAACUGAAAAUGAGGACGUAUCCGAUGAAGAUGUUUACAUGGAUAUGUCUUCGUCAUCAUCAUCGCGACGUCAUCGCACGAUACCUGGUAACAACAACAACGACGACGAUGACGAAAUUGAUGAUGAGGAAGUUGACGAAGAAGAAGAAGAGGAAGAAGAAGAAGGUGAAUGUUCAACUAGUACUGGUGAUAAACAUAAUACAACAUCGAACAGUGAUGAUCAUGAUAAACUAAAAACAUAUCCAUGUACACAAUGCGGCAAAAUAUUUACUGCUCAAUACAACUUAGUUCGACAUAUGCCGGUUCAUACAGGCAUUCGUCCAUUUGUUUGCAAGGUAUGUGGAAAAGGUUUUCGACAAGCAUCGACACUUUGUCGACAUAAAAUCAUUCAUACAUCUGAAAAACCACACGCAUGUCGUAUUUGCGGCAAGGCAUUUAAUCGCUCGUCAACAUUGAAUACACAUAUGCGCAUUCAUCAGAAUUUCAAACCAUGGAUUUGUGAAUUCUGUGGAAAAGGUUUUCAUCAGAAAGGUAAUUGGAAAAAUCAUAAAUUAACCCAUUCAUCCAUAAAACAGUAUCAAUGUUCGAUAUGUUCAAAAGCGUUUCAUCAGAUUUACAAUUUAAAAUUUCACAUGUACACACAUUCCGAAGUGAAACCUUAUUCAUGUUUGAUCUGUUCUAAAGGAUUUUGCCGUAACUUCGAUUUGAAAAAACACAUGCGUAAUGUUCACGUAAGUAGUACCAGUACCAAUAUUGGACUACAAAUGACUUCGAGUCGUUGCGAUGACGAAGAUGAGGAUGACAUGGAUGACGAAGAUGAAGACGACGAUUGUCAUUAA